GGGCGGCCGGCGGGUGCGGCUCCCCCAGAUCGCUCUGCUCCACGUUCCUUUCAGCGCAGGCAGACUCGGUCGGCUAGGCUGGGCGCGCCACUGCACCCCGGGGUGGACGCGGAGGGACUCCCGUGAUCAAAGGCGCCAGUUCCCGAGAAACCCCUUCUGUUGCGGCGAUGUUUGCCCCAGGAUCCUUGCUGCUGUUGGGCGUUCUUGGGCCACCUUUUUGCUUCUUUUCGGCUCUAGGCCUGGAAUGUGAGGUCGACUGUCACCCGGAUAGAGGAAUCUGUGAAAAGGACCAAUGUAGGUGUCGACCUGGUUGGCAGGGGCCCCUGUGCAAUGCAUGUGUACCCUUUCCUGGCUGUCUACACGGAAGUUGUUCCCUGCCCUGGCAAUGUAUCUGUGAGGAUGGUUGGAUUGGAAGUCUCUGUGACAUAGAUCUCCAGUUGUGUGCUACCAAACCCUGCCACAAGAAUAGGACAUGUGCUGGUCCUGAGGAAGGUGGCUCCAGGUGUUCUUGUGCUCCUGGCUCUUCAGGAAGGAACUGUCAUUUUAAGGAAGGACCUUGUGUUAUUAACGGUUCUCCCUGCCAGAAUGGAGGAGCUUGCAUUGAUGACAAUGGCCUUGCCUCCUACACCUCCUGCCUGUGCCCAGAGGGCUUCUCUGGCAACUUCUGUGAAUUGGACAUAAACAGCUGCGUCCCGAAUCCAUGUGAGAAUGGAGGUCUGUGCAUUGACAUUGGUGGGGACUUCCGCUGUCGCUGCCCACUGGGGUUUGUGGACAAGACCUGCAGCCGACAUGUGGGGGACCAUUGUGCCAGUGGCCCCUGUGAGCAUGGGGGUACCUGUGUGCCUCAUGCCAAAGGAGGCUUUGAAUGCCUCUGUAGACCAGAAUUCUCUGGGCCCACUUGUAACCAUGGCCACCCUAAUCAUAGCCACCCAGGAAGCAAGACCAAGAGGGGUCCUGGGCUGCCUGACCCACUCCCCCCUGAGACUCAGGGCAAGAUUGCCACCCAUCAACCCAAUCACAGAAUGCUGAAGAUCACCAUGAGGGAGUUGACCAAGAACAGUAAACCUCUGCUUAAUGAAAGCCAGGCCAUCUGCUUCACCAUCCUGGGAGUUCUGACAUGCCUGGUUGUCCUGGGCACAGUCAGCAUUGUGUUCUUCAACAAGUGUGAGGUGUGGCUCUCCAAUGCCAAGUACAGCCGUCUCCUCCGUAAAAAAAAAAACUUGCUUCUCAGGUACAGCAAUGGUGAUGAGCACACCAUUAACAUCAUUUUACCUGAGAAGAUGAAUCUGAAAUCCUACAGUAAGUGCCUGAAUGAGAUAUGAGCACAUGUUGCUGCCCUCACCAAGGCCUUCCUCCAUGGAGUCUGCUAGUACAUGUGGUUUAUUUUAAAGCUUGUGAUUGAUUGACCUUACUAUCUUGUGUGCCAUGUGGUUAGGAGUAUAUACCUUUCUAUGUAUACAUUGCAUUUAUCCUGCCAGGGAGACUUUCAGACCCAAGCAGAGAAAACAAUUCGAGUUCAACAAUGGGACUGUCAAUGGGAUUAUUAUUAUUGUUGUUGUUGUUGUUAUUAUUUUAUUAUUAUUAUUAUUAUUGUAUUUUAUUUUUUUGCAGGACAAUGAGGGUUAAGUGACUUGCCCAGGGUCACACAGCUAGUGUCAAGUGUCUGAGGCUGGAUUUGAACUCAAGUCUUCCUGAAUCCAGGGCUGGUGCUUUAUCCACUGCACCACCUAGCUGCACCCUGUCAGUGGGAUUUUGCAAAAGUUUUAAGUCUUUCCUUUCUGAACAAUAGAGAAUGAUAUAGCAGCAAGGACCCUGGAUUUCUUUCAUAUCAUUGGUCUGCUGGUUACUGCCGUGUCAUCUCCAACAAAUUGCUUCCUCUCUCUGAGCAUCAGUUCCUUCAUCUUUAAAAUGAAGGACAUUGGAUUAGAUGAUCUAUUUGGUCCCUUCCAGCUCACAGUCCUAUUCUUGGUUCUUUUGCCCCCUUUCUGGUUCACCAUUCAGUUGGUUGUCUAGCAAAGUAGAUCUGUUAACUCAGAAUGAAGAGUUACUUCAUAGCACUAAUAGUCUGUUGAUGAAAGUAUGCUUGGUACAAUCUUAUUCUGAGCAUUUGUUUCAUUUUGUUUUAUGCUCACUAUUUCAAUAAAGUGUUUGCAGCCUACAUGUAUAGAAGGAGAAUUUAUAAAAGUGUAAUUGGAAGCCUAGUAUAAUGGGAAGAUCGACCUUGAGCUCAGAAGAUCCCAGUUCUAGUUUCAACUCUGCAGGUAACUUUCAUGAAUCAGGUCAUCUCUUUGGACCUUUGUCUCCUCAUCAAAAAUGUAAAGAACUUAGAUUCAAAACCACUCCAAGUAUAAAAUCCCAUAAUUUUAUGACUUUUCUUUAAAUGGGAGAAAAUGGAUUUAGUCUGCCUGAGACUUACAUGUAAAUCUUAGCAAUUGGAUUAAACCUUCCUGUUUUCAUCAAAAUGAGUAACACUACCCACCAGAAAGGUAUAGCCCUUGCCAUAGAAACAAAUUAUUCUGUUUGUACCAGCACAUGUGAAUUUUGUCAACAACUGCUUCAGGUGACACAUUAUUCAGAAAAUAAAGUAUGAGGACCCAUAGCACGGCAUCCCUAUCAUUCCACUGGUUUAUUGGUUUCUUAGCAACACUAUGUUGAGUGAAGUGAUGUUAUGGGGGGCAUUGAGUUCCAUGAGCUUAAAUAUUAAGAUGAGUGAUUGUCUAAACAAUGUCAUAGCAUACUUUUGUAAGAAUAUUGAGUACGUACGAUUAUAAUAUGUUAAUGCUAGUAUUACAAAAUGAUGGUCAUUGGAACAAACUGUGCUAAGAUCUCAGUAGACAGAAUAAAGAGGUCUUGAAAAUUUG